AUGAGCGAGCUCGCCGCAGCGGACAGCGAGCCAGACUUGCGCGAGAGGGCGCGGCGCUGGGCCGCGGCGCCGCUCAGCGCCGACGCCCUCGUCUGGCCGCUCUACCUCAACACGUUCGGCACCGGCCUGCUCGACGCCACGAGCGUCGGUGCGUUUGGCGUAUUCUCGUCGAACCAGACGGGCAACGCCAUCCUGCUGCUCUCGCGCGCCAUCGGCGUGCGGCAGGCGUACGCGCCGCAGACGGGCCCGGCACUGCUGACGACGGGCGUCAGUCUGGCGGCCUUCCUGCUCACCGCCUUCGUCGCUGGGCGCAUCGGCCUGGCGCGCGGCCACCGCAGCCGCUGGUGGCUGCUGCUCUCGCUGGCGCUGCAGGCCGUCGUGCUGCUCGUCUGCGCCGUGCUCGUCGAGGUGCACGUGCUGCCCGUCGGCGCCUACGAGCCGCCCGAGCUCGUCGACCCGGCGCUCGACGCCAUUCCCAUUGCGCUGCUUGCCGCCACGGCGGGCCUGCAGGUGUCGCAGGCGCGCUGCUCGGGCGUGCAGGAGGUGCCCACCGCCAUGCUCACGUCGCCGAUGGUCGACCUCGUCGUGCAUCCGCGCCUCUUUGCGCCGCUGGGCGCCAGCAAGGACCAGGACGACCCGCAGGGCGUGCACUCGCGCAACAUCCGCCUCAUCUACGUCAGCCUCUUCCUCGCCGGCAUCGCCGUCGGCGCCGCCGUCCACAUCCGCAGCGGCGUCGCGGCAGUCACGUUCUUUGCGUUCGCUCUGCGCAUCGUCACGGCCGCGCUCGUGUGCCUGCUGCCGGUAGAGUCAUAG